CUCUUUCCUUCGAAAUUGUGAAAUGGAAAUAAGGAUUCAGUUUAAGAGCCCGACGUUUUUGGUUUAUUUCAAUGUUCUGCAAUUUUUAAAUUAAAUUUAACGGCUGAAUGGCAAAAACCGGACGAGUGGCUCGAUCGGCCCGAGCGGUUAACCGCCUUGGCUGCUCGGCAACCGCUACAUAAAACCAGAGCGGCUUUUAGACUCUUCCGAGCCGAUUUUGUGACCGGGUGACAGUUCUACUGGUCGGGCCGAGCGGCUCGGUUUGGCUUUAAUAACACUGGGAAAAACACACCUCUGUGUAAAAUUCUUAUUCAACAAAGUCUAACCCUAAAAUUCGCGUUUACAACCUUUUAAAUAGGUCCAACAAAAUAAAACUAAUGAAAACAAAGAAAAGGAAAAAGAAUUCUAACACAAAAAGGUAAUUAACUCGUCAUGUGAAAUUCCACAGUCUGCCCUCAAGAUUCCAUGGUCGUGGAUUUAGGUGUCUUGGACAUGGAAUUGUUCUGAUCAAAAUACACUAUCUAAACUUGAAUUCCACAAUCAUGGAUUUAGGUGUCUUGGACGUGGAAUUUUUCUGAUCAUCCACUAUCUAAACUUGAAUUCCACGGUCGUGAAUUUUUUACUGGUCACCAUACGAUCUUUUGGUUGGUCGUUCGGUGCCCCAGAAGCUUCGAUCUUCUCAUCCGAUGCCUUCACGAUGUUAUCAGGACUUGUACUUUCAUUUCCAACUCCUAACUUCCUUCGAAUGCCUCCCAAUCAAAGCGAGUAAGCCUCCAAAAUAGUAAUCAUGGACUUUUUCCCAAACUUAUAAGCCAAAUUUCCAGCUCCUUCUUCCCUUGACUUGGUUUCUUGUUUGAACAUCAAUGAAAAUGAUUUUGUGUAACAUCCCGUUCCGGCAAAACCCAUAUUUCGAUCGCUAGAAAAUUUCACGAUUUAAAAUCGAGCAUUUCGACACUAUUUAGACGAAAAUCGGAUUAUCGAUAUGUCGGAUAAAUAUAUAUAUAUAUAUAUAUAUAUAUAUAUAUUCUCUGUCCAUUUAAAUCCCCACCCGUCCCAUUUAUACCCAUCAUCAUCGCCUUUUUCCAUUUCUCACCCGAGAGAGAACCGAGAGCAGAGUAGCGCACGGUGAGAACAGGGGAGCUCGGGGAGAAUUUCCAAAGCUCAAAUUCUUGAGCCCUAAUGAUCCAAAAAUCCGGUAAGUAAUGACUAAUUCAUCUAUUCAUCGUGAUUUAUCGAUUUAGAGCUUUAAAACGAGUUUUUGGUUCAGGAAUUUCUUGAAUUCCUGAUAAGCCAAAUUAGGAUUUUGGAGUAUCCGGAAGCCGGAUUGAGCCCAAAUUUCAUAUACGAGCUUCCUGCAGCGAGGUUAUCAAUCCUCUAGUUAUAAUCCCUGAAUUUCGGCUAUUAUUUAGAUCGGAGCCGGGAUCACUGAAUUUAGCUCCGGCCAAGGUUUGAUGUGUUUUUAUCGAGAAUUUGACCAGGAGCCUAGAACUAAUAUUGACGGGGAUACUGCAGGGGAUAUUAGGACGGUCUCGGAUUUUAAUUCGUAGUUCGUUUGUGAAAUUGAGGUUUUAGUACGGGAAGGUUAAACCGGUGUUUGAACGACCAGAACUGGUGAGUGAUUAGCACGACAUACAGGGUUUGUCGUAUCACAAUAAUUAUACUUAUGCUUAGAAUUGAUCUAGGUGAACUAGAAUGGCAUGAUUAGGGGUGUAUGGACCUUUCUGCUAUAUGAUGAACUAUAGACUUCUGUAUGAUAUUAUUGACUUGCCCUAAUCGAUAUGGACCUUGUUUAUGUUGAUGAUUCCAUAUAUGUUGUCAGAUUUGGGUUUAAUUGUGAAUAUGCCUUAUGACGGUUCGAGAAGGUGAUUGGAUAUGAUUUUUCAUGAUUGUUGUAUUUGGAUGCACAAGUGGGAAAAUAUAUAUUCCCUGGUGAUAUUAUGAUGUUUUAAGGAGGAUGACUUGCACGAGGGUUUAUCCCGAGGAAGUGCAAUUAUACGACUCCUGAUUUACCUAUGUUGAGCCAAUUGUGGCCUGGUCAAGUACAUGUGCAAGUAAGGAAUUAUGAUUAAGCAAGAUGAGAUAUGAAUCAUGUAUAAGGAUAUCAUCAACAGCAGCAGUAGAUAAGUGUUAGGUGGGAGAGGAGCUAGAGUUGAAGCCAGGAUGAGGUAUGGUCUUCAACUAUUCUGUGCUUGGACGACUACUUGAGAUUUUGGCUAGUGAUCCACACCUUUUUGUAAAAAUGUUUUGAGAACGUUUUUCAUGUGCAUACUAGCUUCAGAUGUAGUGUGAGAUAUCCACAGGUGUGGAAAGUUGAUGAUAUGUGUAUAUGUUGUGUAACUGUAUAAGUUGUGACGAUUAUGGUAUGUAUAAGUAUGGUAUGCAGUUGUGGAGUAUGAAAAGUGUGACUAUGGCUAAGAAAACCCAAUGCAUAUAGUUGUGAGUAUAUAUGUUUGUGAUGAAUUAUUUUGCAGGAUAAGUUGCAAGAACUGUUAGCCCAUUACGCGAGUAAUUCAUGUCGAAAUUUUAUUUGGGUAAAUUUUGAUAAUUAAUGUAACAUCCGAGAUUAAUUCCGCUGCAAUUGUAUGAACAAUAUGAUUAGACAAAACGUAUAAGCUAGGGUGUUACAGUUUGGUAUCAGAGCCUGGUUCCCUCUUUUUGCUGUAAUGGCGUACUAUACCCUAUGGGAGGUUAAACACUCCUAAGGAGGGGAGUACCCCAUAAUGACUUAAACUGGGAAAUGAGUUUGACAUCAUUAUGUGUAUUGGUAUGUUGGAUGAAAUUACCUGCAUCAUGGUUUUCAAAAUUGAGGUUUUGAACUUAUUUGUUUUCAAGUAAUUAUUUUGGGAAAUUUUUUGUUUUAACCAAGUGAGAGAUUUGGUGAAGAAUGAAUUUUGUGUGGAUCAAUCUAAGGCCAAUAUUUCCUUGUAGCUCGCACGAAAGUUGUGAAAAUGUUCCUACUGACCAGUCGAGAGGAAUGGGGGCGGUUGAUGCAAGACCGCCAGUAUUAGAUUAUGCAAAGAUGAAGAGUUUGGGUGGUAGGGACUUCAAGGGAGAUGUGAGUCCAGAUGCUGUAGUAGAGUGGUUGAGAAAGAUGGAAGAUGUGUUUGAGUAUCUUUAUGCGACCCGAGAGGAAAAAGUACAAUAUGUUGUUUUUCUCCUAAAGGGGUACGCGAGGAGCUGGUGGUCAUCAGUCUCUAGAGUUAAUGGUGAACGAGUUCAGUUCACUUGGGAGGAGUUCCUGAAGGCCUUUAAGACAGAGUUUCUUCCCGAAGCUUUUAUCAUAGCAAAGAAUAAUGAAUUCGCCGACCUUAAGCAGGAGAACAUGACAGUUACUGAGUACACCAUCAAGUUUGUUCGACUAAUCUACUUUGAAGAUGGGCUGGCGGAUACUGAGCAUAAGAAGAAGGUGAGAUACUUACAUGGUCUGCGCCUAGGGUUGAAAGAAAAGAUUCACAGGGUUGAUGAAGAGAGUAUGGCCACUAUCAAGGAGUCAGCAUUUAAGUAUGAAGCCUAUGAAGUUGAGGGUAGAUAGGAACACAAGGCCAAAGAAGAGGAGAAGAAGAGGAAGUUUGGAGUGAGUUAUUCUGGACCUCGUUACCCAUCCAAGAGAGGUCCCAGCGGUUUUGGGAGAACACCGAGUCAAUCUAUGUCAGGAACAUCAUAUAAGGCACCAGUUUCCUCAGCCACACCGGCUCCAGUUUGUCAAGUUUGUCAGAAGAGACACUUUGGAGAGUGUUGGAGGUUUUCUGGAGUAUGCUUUCAAUGCGGCCAGCCGGGUCACAUCAUGAGGAACUGUCCUUAUAGGGGAGGAGGAAGACCUACUCAGUCCAAACCUUCAGUGCACUUUAGUAGAGCCCCAGCCAGAGGUGGUUACCAGGGAGGCCGUAGUGGAUUUUAGAGUGGUCAUUGUGGUUCACAGGGUGGUAGAGGUGGUGGUCGAAAUCAGCCAUCAGGAAGUGGUACGCAGGGUACCAGAGCCCAGGGAGCACCGAGGGUUUAUGCAAUGACUCGAGGUGAGGCAGAAGUGGUGACUGGUAUGCUUUCUAUCCUUGGCAAGCAAUUAUAUGCUUUGAUCGAUACUGGUUCCUCUCACUCAUUCAUGUCAUAUAUGUUUGCACAUAUGCUACGCUUAGUUCCAUAUAAUCUAGGAUAUACCUUAUGUGUUAAAACAUCUCUGGGAGAUACCUUGAAGGUAGACUCAGUUAUUAGAAGUUCCUUCAUUUGUGUGGAAGGAGCUUUCCUAGCAGCAGAUUUAAUUCUGCUACCUUUUGAUGAAUUUGAUGUCAUCCUUGGAAUGGACUUUCUGGCAACACAUGGAGCUGUUGUGGAUUGUCAAAAGAAAGAAGUAUUAUUCAA